UUUCCGAACUUCCACAAGAUUCAACGUUCAACUACCACGACAAAAGUACCUCAAUUUCUUAUCAGCAAUCUUCCAUAGUCCUCUGCCAUCAUCAUCAUCAUUCAUCUAUUUGCAUUGUAACCAAUAUCCUAGAAUGUUAUCAUGAAUUUCUAUUUUACUGCCGCUGAGGUCCUCGACCGCCUCGAUUCCAAGAAGGGCUCGAUUAAAGGUCUUAUUUCAACUGUUGCUGAGAAGGACAGGAAGCGGACAUCGGCUCUUGUGAUUCAGACUUUGAAAUACAAGCCUGUGCUAGCAGAUAUAAUCGGCAGAGCCAAAUUAAUGAUAGAGGAGCGCAAAAAGCUCACCUCCUCAAAUUUGGCUCUUGUACUAGUCCACGACGUCCUCUUCUCAAAUGGGAUUCAAGCUGGAGACGGCCCCAUCAAGCAGGCAGUCCUUCGCCAUAAGACGAGGCUUCACAGUGAGCUUCAGAAGGUUAAGAUAAAACGAGCAGUCAAGUCCAAUGAAGAACUUGUUCAAACUGGUGAUAGUAGGGCAGCGUUGAUCCCUCGAUACGUUCGCAUUAAUACCACGUUGUGGACGAUUGAAGAGGCCAUUCAAUAUUUCAUAUCGAAAGGCUUUACGUUGGAGAAUAUGCUUGAGAUUGCAUCAACGUCUAAACAUAUUUUUGCAAAAGACAAACACAUCUCUGCCCUGUUUUUAUUCCAUCCCGAACUAUCUUUCCAAGACGAUGAUGCAUACAAAAAUGGGAAGGUGAUUUUACAGGACAAAGCGUCGUGCUUUCCUGCUGUUGUCCUUAAUCCCCCCGUUUCUCCGAGUGGUGCAGUGAUAGAUGCUACCUCUGCCCCUGGCAACAAGACAUCGCACCUGAGUACACUUAUGUGUAAUACAGGAACGCUCUUUGCCUUUGAAAGAGAUCGUAAACGAUUCUCGACCUUACAAGCAAUGCUAUCGAAGGCUAGAUGUAAAAAUGUAGAACCUGUGAAUACCGAUUUCCUGUUGGUGGAUCCCAUGGAUCCUAAGUAUUCCGGAGUUACACAUAUUCUUCUGGAUCCAUCUUGUAGCGGGUCAGGAAUCGUUAACCGUCUGGAUUAUCUUGUGGAGUCUGAACAAGAAGCUGAGUCGGUGCAAGUAGACCGUCUAAACAAGCUAGCUAGCUUUCAGUUGAUGAUGGUCAAACACUCAAUGAAAUUUCCAGCUGUGCAACGAAUUGUUUACAGCACAUGUUCCGUCCAUGCUAUUGAAGACGAACAUGUCGUUCGUGCAGCCCUCAAAUCUGACGAGGCCCUCUCUAGACAUUUUGAACUUGCGCCUCAAAGCCAAGUUCUACCGCAGUGGAAGCGCCGUGGGUACUCUAACGAGAUGGAUGAUCCCCACCACGCAGCAUCACUUGUGCGCUGUUUACCUGGUGAAGAUGCUACAAAUGGUUUUUUUGUGUCGUGUUUCGUCCGAAGCUCUGUCAUCCGAGAAGAGAGUGACAAAGCUCCUCUGGACAAGAAACGAAAAGUUGACCAAAUCAUCGAGGAGCAGGAAGACGUUGCUCCUAAUACUAGGAAGCGUCAACAGCGUCAACAGAAGAGAAAGAGGAAGAAAACUGUGAACGGAGGAGGUUCUGUUUAAUGGUGCUCCUGAUCACAAUGGCCUUGUCAUGCAUUUACUAGUAGGCUUCAGUAGACAGAAUGACUUUCUCUUCGUCCGACGAUCACUGUGACAAUGGGAAAGUUCCCUCCAAAACUUUAAGACCCUCUGAGGCCGAACUGACAAGCAGUGACAGCGUAACUUUUUCUGCAUCAUUGUCACGUUUACCUCCUCUUACCUCCCGCCUUCUCUUGAGGCUUACAUAUACUAUAGCUUAGACACCGACGGAUCUCCAUCUGCUAAUGUUCGGUAGAAUGGCCUCCGACAUACAUAUACCAGCAUAUACCAUGUAACAUGUUGUCCUGUGGCGCAGGAUCGGAGAAGAUCGGAGAGGAUCCUGAUAAUAAUUCGGGCAUGAAGCUGCAUGAGGGUACAUGCCACAUUAUGUAUCACAUCCUGUAGUUCGCAACAGCUCGUCAUAC